GUUAGCUGCAAUUGGGGAUAUAGACUUGUUUUUAAACCUGUUCAACGGUGGGAAAGUCUGGCAUUGUUGACGAGGGAUCAGAAUGUCUCCCAAAAUCGGCAGCAGCCUGGCCCUGGUCGUCGUCUUCUCUCUUUUUUUAACUGCACAUUGUAACUUUCCUACUCUUGACCACAUCAAAACGAAAGCCAGCGACAAGGCACAGGGGAGAGCAGUGGUCGGACUGCUGAGACGCCUGCUCGGGAACAGAUCUACGGAGUUCAUAGUGUCAGUCAACAGAAGUCUUUCCAACGAUAGCCUGGAUGUGUGCGAGCUCAGGUCCACUAAAAACAACAAGAUAGUGGCCACGGGCAGCACCGGAGUGGCCGUAGCUUCUGGCAUUUACAACUAUUUGAAAUAUUUCUGCAACUGCCAUGUUUCGUGGUCUGGUGAUCAGCUGGAUCUGCCGCGUCCUCUACCAAAGCUCACCGGCAUCCUGCGCAUCAACACCCCGCAUAGAUUCCGUUAUUACCAGAACGUCUGCACUUUUAGCUACUCCUCUGUUUGGUGGGACUGGCCGCGAUGGGAGAGAGAGAUCGACUGGAUGGCACUCAAUGGAAUCAACCUGCCACUGGCUUUCACUGGCCAAGAAGCCCUGUGGCAAGAGGUGUACAGAUCCCUUGGGUUGAACGAGUCGGAGAUUGAAGAGUUCUUCUCUGGCCCGGCGUUCCUGGCCUGGAACCGUAUGGGAAACAUGUUCAAGUUUGGUGGACCCCUGCCACAGUCCUGGCACGUGAACCAGCUCCUCCUCCAAUUUAAAAUCUUGGAGCGAAUGAGAUCGUUUGGGAUGAUCCCCGUGCUGCCAGCCUUCUCCGGGAACGUUCCCAGGGGAAUCCUCAGGUUGUAUCCGGCAGCAAAUGUCACCAGACUGGGGCCUUGGGCUCAGUUCAACUGCAGCUUUUCGUGCUCCUAUAUCUUAGACCCUCGGGACCCGCUUUUCCUCCAGAUCGGUACCCUCUACCUGUCCCAGGUGGUGAAGCAGUUUGGGACGGAUCACGUCUACAACACCGACACCUUCAAUGAGAUGAUCCCUCCUUCCUCUGACCCCGCCUACCUGUCCUCAGUCAGUCGCUCUGUCUUUGCCUCAAUGACAGCAGUUGAUCCUCAGGCCAUUUGGCUGAUGCAAGGCUGGCUGUUCUUCAGUGCUGCAGCGUUCUGGAAGCCACCCCAGAUUCAGGCCCUACUACACGGGGUGCCCCUUGGACGAAUGAUCGUACUGGACCUGUUUGCGGAGACCGAGCCGAUUUUUUCGUACACCGAGUCCUUCUACGGACAGCCGUUUAUCUGGUGCAUGUUACACAACUUCGGUGGUAACAGUGGUUUCUAUGGCACAGUGGAGAGCAUCAACUCAGGGCCCUUUAAAGCCUUGCAGUUCCCAAACUCCACCAUGGUGGGCAUAGGCAUGACACCUGAGGGCAUUGAGCAGAAUCCAGUGAUGUACGAGCUGAUGAGCGAGCUGGCUUGGCGCAAGGAGCCAGUCAACCUGUCCAAGUGGGCGUCGCUGUAUGCGAUCCGCCGUUAUGGCAGCACACAAGAGAACCUGACCGCCGCAUGGCAGCUCCUGUUCACCAGCGUCUACAACUGCACCGUGCCGCAUUACCGAAACCACAACCACAGCCCGCUAGUGCGCAGGCCCUCCUUUCACAUGAAUUCUGGGAUUUGGUAUGACCCAGCUGACUUGUACAAAGCCUGGAGGCUGUUUAUGGAGGCGGCUCCUUCUCUCAUGUCCAAGGAGACGUUCCAGUACGACCUCGUGGACAUGACUCGGCAGGUCCUACAAGUCCUGACGACGUCCUUUUACCAGGACAUCGCAGAUGCCUUUCAGCGCCAAAAGCUGCCAGAGCUGCUGACCGUAGGCGGCGUGCUGGUCUACGACCUCUUGCCUGAGCUCAAUCGUUUGCUGAAUAGCAACCGCAAUUUCCUGUUGGGGACGUGGCUGGAGCGGGCGAGAUCCUUAGGCCUUGACGAGAAGGAGGCACAGCUGUAUGACAUUAACGCCAGAAACCAGCUCACACUGUGGGGUCCCAGCGGUGAGAUCCUGGAUUACGCCAGUAAAGAGUGGGGAGGCCUCAUGGAGGACUACUACGCCCAGCGCUGGGGACUGUUUGUCCACACGCUAGUGGAGUGUCUGGACAGUGGACAACCGUUCAAGCAGGACGCCUUCAACCAGGCAGUGUUUCAAGUAGAGAGGGGAUUCAUUUACAAUGGUAGGAAGUACCCAACCACGCCUCAGGGAGACACGUACCAGAUUGCCCGCAGGAUCUUCCUCAAGUACUACCCACAGGCCUUAAAGAGACUAUAGUGAGCAGAGACUACACUGUGGGGAAAAAAAAAAAAAAAAAAACUUGUCUCAAGUUACAGCGAGAAGAAUGUCUUCCUCCACCUCCAGUUCUGCAUGGCUGUCCCAAAACAUGUUGAUCUGAGCACCUGAACUUACAGCAGCAAUCUGUUCUGCACAUGUAGUAACAUGAGGGAAAAAAAAAACAUUCUGCUAAUAUCCACACUAAUCAAAUAUCCAAUCAUGCCUUAUAAAAGAGGAGAA